AUCUGUCUCGGGCCCAGGCCGUUCUAUCUUUAAAUCGAGGGAAAGACAACACUCCGCUGGAGCUCCUGGGGGGGUGUUUUCAUCACAAGGUUUGCUUGCACAGGUUUGAAAACCUGAGGAGUUAACUCCACUUCAGUUUUUACUGACCGGCGUCAGUGAACACCCACGGUCACGACGGGAUGAGCGCACCCCACGACCUCACACCCGAUCACCCGGUGGGCUCGGACUUCGUCAGGCAGCUGAAGGGGGCGUUGGCGAGGGGCGACCACCAGAAAGCGGAGACACUUCUCCGGGCCACAGCAGUGACGGGGAGGAACCCGGACGCCACGAUCGAGCUCUCGAACGACGACUGGAUGAAGGACCCUUCGGUCCAGCUCCCGCCGGCCGUGCUGAUGGGUGAGUUCCUCGGGCGAUCCCCCGUGGCGAUCACGAUUUUGCUCAGAAAUCGCUCGAUCCCUUGGCCGCUCCGCUGCAGAACGUUGGCUGAACAGAGAACCUCGUUUGCGAGUCAGAGUGAGCACGGGGGGAAAGCAGAUGGGAGAAACAGAUGGGGCAUUUGACAGGGCCCGGGCCCUGCAGCAGUGCUCAAGCUGGUGUGCCGUUUCUAGCAGGGGGAACGCCGAUGAGUCGUUUAAGGCCCCGCCCGAUUGGCUCCAGCAGGGGGGGUGUGGCUUCUCACAGUUCAGAGCAGAGUGCUCACUGUGUGCAAUCCAGUGAAUCGUUAAUCCUGAAAUUUAUCUACAAUACAGUUGUUACUAAAAAGAUACUUGGACAUUGAAAUGUCACAUGCACAUACAAACUUAAUGACAGGCACAUGAAUGAAAGUUGGCUUUGAACAGACUAAAGCCGCACAGUGUUCCUGCUACUUGAUGAAAAGCUGAUAUAGAUCUUGUGGGUCAAUACUUUGUCUGGUAUGCCUGCAAAUGAAAUUGACUGCAGCUGAUUGAUUGUAGUUGACCAGCUUCUCCCACCGACUGUCUGCAUAAUUGUUUUUUAAUGGAAGCUCUGAGGUUGCACAUUAAAUUUACACAGAGCUGCAGCCCUUUCCUACUGGAUUCUGCAAGGUCAACAACAUUCAUUGGCCAUGAAUCUGUCAGUAGUGGACUUUAGAUGGCUCUUAUUUUUCAUGCAUCUAAUCACAUGCUGGAAUCUGUUUCAUCUUAUUCUUUCAAUACCUCCAAACAAAUAAUUGCAUUUAUUGUGCAUUGGAUCAUUGGAUGUGCGGACACUGGCUUUUGCUGAUUCAAUAGCUCCACCUGUCUUGGGGGUUGGCACGCUAAGAAUCCUGCUCUUGAUUCUGCUUCUUGUCCAGAUGGCAUCAGUCCCAAAAACAUAUUCUGACAUAUUCUCUUCAAAUCCAAGUCAUUUGAAUGCAUAUGACUGCAGUACUCCUGCAGGUCCUAGAGGGCUGCAGCCUCUGCUGGUUUUGGUGUGUUUCCACACUGAAAUUAUUCCAUUUCAGUCCUUGGAUGGUUAAAGAGUCCACACACCUUGCUCCCAAUGUCUAAACUGGCCGCUAUUUCAAAGUAAGUCCUGGCCCUCCAGUUUAACACAACUUGGCCUGAGGGGGACUGAGGAAUGUUCUUUGGCCUGGGAAACUGGCCAAAACAAAUGCACACAGGUGUUCUUCAACAAGGAGCUGGACUCUUCAGGUGAUUUACAGGCAUGAAAAUACAAAGCGAUUGUCUGCAAGGGUCAGACAUCCAGAAGAAAGCAAAAUUGAUGGGAUUGAGAAGGUAGAGUUGAGGUUGAUGGAAGCUUAUUGGAAAACAUUUUGUAUUUUACCAUCUGUAUCAGAAUUAGUGACUAACCCAACAAGAUUUAAUCAUGACAUCACUGAUUAUUGGAUAUAUUAAUCUUUAAUAACCUUUUUAAUUGAAUUUUUAUUUAUAUAUUUUCUAAAUCAGGAGAUUAAUAAUAUUUUAUAAAAUACUAUUUUUACAAAGGGGAGCUUAAAAUAGUUUGUGGACAUAAAUUUUUGCUCUCUGAGAGUGGUUUAAGCGAAUAUAGAUAUACAGAAUUCAUUCCUUUAUUAGGAAAGGGACCUUCUCGUGAGGUCUCCCAAGAACUGUAGUUAGAAUGGCACAUGCAGUUAUACCCACUGCUGCUAAUUGCUAAUUAUCUUAUCUUAAAACACACAAUGCAACCUUCUCUCCAGAGAUUACACAGUGGGUCGUCAUAAAAAAAAACAGUCAUUGCAUACAUCUGGUGAUACAGUAUAAAUAUAGUGUUUAAGAGACAAAUGUUCCUUUCCCCUCUUCAAACAUGUCACCCUCCCUAUUAAACAUGCCAACGCUGUCUCUCAUGCCACAUUCACAUUCAUGGGAUUAACUACAGAGUCCUGCACAGGGCCAGAGUAAAGCAGGAAAAGGACAGACAAAGGGAACGAAAGGUCCCUGUAGUGUCAUUACAGAGAGCGUGUAUUACCACGGGUAAUGGGGAAGAAGCGGGUGGCCCAGCUACAGAAGGUGAAGUCACCGUUAAACAGCCAGAAAAAAUGUGAGACCGGUUCCCUCGCCAAGGCCCGGGGGCUUCAGCAGACCUCGGUGAAAUGCAUAUUUUAAAUACUUGCCACUGAAGAUGUUAGAAACAAAAAUGUAUAAUCAUACGAACCAACCAGUAUUGGUGAAGUUUUUUAUUGUCAGAAACUGGUGUGAAAGUGUUUAUUUGGAGGUGUAGCUUCAAAAUUGAUGGGAUUGGAUUAUGAUUUUGACCACAUUUUACCCUAUCUAUCACUUUUCCAUCACUCCCACACAACAAAAUGUUGACUUACGUCAUGAUUUUAUGACAGAAAUAACAAACAAAGCUUGUCUAAGUAUGCAAAUCUGAUCAGGCUACUUUUGCACAGCAGCUAAAAUGACUGCAUUGUGGACAGUCACCCGAAAAGAUUGGCUUCAAAAAACGAACCAGGCUUGAGCCUACUUAAUGCGUACUGUCUCAACAAAACUUAAAGGUCUAGUCUAGUGCUCAGAGCCGGCUCUACGAUUUUGGUGGCCCUAGACAAGGAAAAAAUGGAGGCAACCAACCAUGGACUGGGGGAAGCAGUUGCAAUAAUGAUAGAAUCCAAAAAAUCGGCACAAUUAAAACAUCUCAAUCAAGAAUCAGUGAUAUUUUGUAAAACUUGAAGACUGUACUCAAGUACACUAAAAAAUAAGACUUUAAUUAGCUGUUAAGUCAUAGAUCAGGGCUGCCCAACCCUGUUCCUGGAGAUCUACCUUCCAGUAGGUUUUCACUCCAACUGUAAUUUGGCACACCUGAUUCUAGUAAUUAGCAGUGUAUCUAUGUAAUCUCAAGAUGAAUAAUGAGGUAUGCUUUGCUACAGUUGGAGUGAAAAGAUACAUGUCAAAAAAUCUCCAGGAACAGGGUUGGGCAGCCCUGUUAUAGGUCCUUUUGGUUUUCUGUACAGUGUAAGUUCUAGGUCCUUUUGCUUUUUCCAUACAGUGGAAGUUGUAGAUCAUUUUAGUUCUGUACAGUUUAAGUUGUCUAGGUCCUUUGAUGUUUCUUUAUCUAUUGACCUCACUGGCUUGGCUGCACCAUUUAAUGACACAUAUUUAUCUCAGCUGUAAGUGGAUACGUGAGAAUGUUAAGUGCCAUUGGGGAUGUCAGCGGGGGUAGCAGAGUGACCGCGUGGUCAGUCACAUUACUCAAAGCCACAACGCUGUUGCCCAUUGUUAUUUUCAUAUACUGCCCGCUGCCGUUCCCAAUAUAACAGGCCUACAGUGGUGAUAUCACAGGGAAUGUAUUUUAGGCAGGCCUGCCCUCUGCCUGUUUACAAACCCUGACCUACUUGCCCUUUCUGCACCCUGACACACAGACCCUAGGGCAGCACAGUCUGGGUGGGGUGGGGUGUUGAUGGUAGUGGCUUUCAAAGUCUUAGGGAUAGGGGUGUUUCACAUACAUACAUUUGAAACAUGUCGACAUAUUUCAUAUGCAAUAUGGGCGACUCAUCUAUUUUUUGUUUGACUGCAGUUAGAUAGAUGCAUUUUGUAGAUGUAGACAGAAUGCUGAAUAUAUCCAUUGAUUUGGGAGGUAUUCUGUAUUUUUGUGACAAUACAUUUUAGUGUCCGUGUCAGUUUUCCCUUGUCGGGGUUAACCAGUCUUGUGAUUUGAAGUAGGGGGGGUCCGGCCAGCAUUCCACCCACCCCACCAGCCCCCCAGACUAUAAAUAAUGCAGACAACAGACAAACAGAGGGCAUAAAUAACCCCUGUUGUGAGCCGAGGGGCAGGUAAGAGCCCCACGCCACCUGGAGCGAAGGCCAUUCCCCAGCCGCCAGGGCUCCUCACCAGGGCAAAGCCAUCCCAGCGAUGCUCGUGCGAAAGGGCAGCGCGCUCGUCCCCCGCCCCCCCCGCCCCUCCGGGCGCCAGGGACUGGGACGGGGGCGUGGGCGGCCGCGGCUCCACCCAGAUGCCGGGGAGGGAGAGAGCCGAGCCCCUGGAGAGGACCAGCCAGCGCAGGAGCAGCCUCAGACAGCCCGGCAUGGCCUUCCCCUGCCCCCCCACGCUGGACGCCCUGCUGGGCCAGCACUGGAAGGACCUGCAGGAGGGCUUCUCCGACUACGAGACGCUCAACAGGGUGCUGGAGUUCCAGAGCGACGAGCUGCAGUGGACCUCCCAGAAGUGGGGUCUGUGGUCGCUGGAGUACAAGCGGGAGCUGACCAGUCCCCUGUGCAUCGCGGCGGCCCAGGGCUACACCGAGUGCCUGCGCUACCUGCUGGAGCACGGCGCCAGGCCCAACCUGACCGCCGGGGGCAAGACCGCCCUCCACGAGGCCUGUGAGAAUGGCAACACGGACUGCGCCGAGCUCCUCCUCGAACACGGGGCCAGCCCCAGCCUGCCGAGCGAGGACGGCUACACGGCCCUGCACCUCUGCAGGACGCCCCAGACCUUCCGGUGUGCGAAGGCGCUGGUGCGUCACGGCGCCAGGGUGGACGUGUCGAGCGAGGAGGAGGGAGAGACCCCCCUCCACGUGGCGGCCCGUCAAGGCCUGCGGCAGCACACCCAGCUCUACCUGCGCUACGGGGCCCAGGUGGACGCCCGCAGCGCGUCGGGGGAGACCCCCCUGGGGGCGGCCUGCGGAGGGGCCCAGGGGCCCCCGGACGAGGGCGAGGAGCAGGGCGAGGAGGACAGCUACCUGCCGCUCUGCCGCAUGCUGCUGGAGUACGGCGCCAGCGUCAACAUGGCCGACGCGGAGCGACGCACGCCCCUGCACCGGGCCGCCCGCAACGUGCAGCGCCCCCUGGUGGAGCUGCUGCUGGAGCACGGGGCCGACGUCAACGCGCUGGACUACAACGGGGCCACGGCGCUCUCCAGCGUCCUGCAGAACGCCGUCAUCAAGGCCCCGCUGCAGCCGCACCUGGUGGUGCAGACGCUGCUCAACCACGGCUCCAUCAAGAUGUGGCCCCUGGCCCUGCUCAAGGUUCUGACAGCUUGCGCUGCAGCUCCUAAAACAGUGGAGACCUUGUUCAACUCGUAUACCCAAGUCAUUGUCACGUACAAGUGGUGUGACGCCAUUCCAGAGGAGAUUGUGCAGGCGCACGAGGCCUUCUACGAGUCCCUCUUCGCCAUGGAGUGCCGGCCGCGCUGCCUCCAGCACCUGUGCCGCUCCGCCCUCAGGAAGCACUUUGGGAAAGACUGCCACCGCCUGCUGCCCCGCCUGCCCAUCCCCAGACCCCUGCAGCGCUACCUGCUGCUGGAGCCCGAGGGCGUGCUGUGCUAGAGCGCCCUGAGAGCGCUCACCUCCCCCUGAGAGCGCUCACCUCCCCCCGAGAGCGCUCACCUCCCCCCGAGAGCGCUCACCUCCCCCCGAGAGCGCUCACCUCCCCCCGAGAGCACUCACCUCCCCCCGAGAGCACUCACCUCCCCCUGAGAGCGCUCACCUCCCCCUGAGAGCGCUCACCUCCCCCCGAGAGCGCUCACCUCCCCUCCCCCCGAGAGCGCUCACCUCCCCCCGAGAGC